AUGCCUUCAUAUGAUGAUGAUUUACCUACGCAAGAAGAAGAGAUUCUAUUAAAACAACUUGUUGAACAUAGUGAAGAACAACAACGAAUUCAUGCAAUUAUUGAGGUUAAAAAUUUAAUAAUUGGUUCAAAACGCUGUAAAACAGCAUUUUAUCGUGUUGGUACAGUUGAUACACUUUUUAAUUUACUUAAAGAAUUAUCAUCAGUUAAUAAUACUGAAUUACUUAUUGAAAUAAUUGAUUGUAUAUCAUCAUUUGUUAAAUCAAAUAAUAAAAAUAUUGUUAAUCGUUUAAUUGAAAUUGGUUGUAUUCAACAAUUAUUUUUCUUAUUAUCAUCAAGAAAUGGUUCAAUAAAUUUAUGUGAAUCAUGUCUUCGAUGUUUACGUUCAUUUUUUCUUCCAAAAUUAUUAACAACAAUGACAUUUUCAAAAGUUGAUUAUUCAAAUCCAUUUUUAACACCAAUACCAUUUGUAUUAUUAUGUGAUCAAGAUAAACAUAAACCUCCAUCAUUAAUAACGCAAACACAAAAAUCUUCUUCAGCUAUACAACUUACAACUAUUGAACAAUAUUCACCGAUUGAUAUUUUAUUUGAAAAUUCUCAAUCAAUUGAUAUACUUCUACAAUCAUUAUCAUUAUCGAAAUCUACACAAUUAUCGAUUGUAGAAAUUCUAUGUUGUUUAUGUGUUAAUAAUGAACGACAACAACAAUUAUUUGAUAAAAAUUGUAUACCAACUAUUAUGCAUCUACUUGUACAAAAUAUCUAUGAUAAACAACAAAAUAAUAAUAAUAAAAUUACUUCUGUCAGUCUUACUAAUGAAUAUAUUAUUGGUGUUUGUUUAAAAUUUUUCUGUUCCUUAUGUUACGAAAAUCCUUCCAUUGCUCAGCAUUUACAUAGUAUAACAUAUACUGAAACAAAUCAAACAUUAUGUGACAUAGUAUCAAGUUUAUUAACUAAAAUCAAUCGACCGGUUGUUAUAUCAUAUUAUGCAUCAAAAUUUUUUGUUAAUCUUUGUAAAACAAAGGUGCUAUUAGCUGAUGAUUCAUUUGUUGCUCUUGAUUCUUUAACAACAUUAAUACAUUUAUGUACAAAAUCAAUUACAAAUAAAUGUAUUUAUUUGUAUAUUGAAUGUCUUGAUACACUUAUUUAUUUACUUAAUGGAAAUAGUACAUUACAUCAUAUAGCUAUGUAUACAGAACAAUUAUUAAGUAAAUUAUUUUUAUAUAUUUUUACACCAUCAAAAAUUCUUGAUGAACAUAUUGAUGAUUCCGUACUUGUACAAAUACGUUCAUCAGCUUUAACAUUACUUGCUGUUCUUUCAUCACAUCAUGAAGAUAUAAAAAAACGUAUUGCUGAACAAGAAAAUUUAAUUUCAACAGCAAUUGAGUUUUGUCGUUCAUCUAAUUCAUUACUUCAAUUAGCUGCUUUUCGUCUUUUUCAUGGUUUAUCAAGAAGUGUUCAUCAACUUCGUACAACAUUUAAUGAUACAAUUUGUGAUAUUUUACUUGAUGCUAUUAAAUCAAAUGAUUUAUCUCUUGUUAAAAUUUCUUCAUGUGUAAUUAGUAAUAUUGUUCUGGAAUUUUCGACUUGUCGAACGAGAUUACUUAAUGGUGGUAUACUUAACAUACUUCUUACUCUUCUUACACAUGUCGAUCAUGAUUUAUGUAUAAAUAGUAUAUGGGCUCUACGCAAUCUAUCAUAUUUAGCAACACUUAAAAUAAAACAAGAUAUAAUCACAGGAUUGACAAUCGAUCGCAUUUAUUCAUUACUUGAACAAUGUACAGAUGAACAAUUUCUUAUAUGUUUAUUAUCGUUAUUACGCAAUAUUUUCGAUGAAAAAGAUACUGAUGCACUUUUACCAAUGUUUAAUGAAGCAAAAUUAUUGAAUACAUUACAACGAUUACUUGAGAAAAAUAAUCCUGAAGAAAUUCGUCGUGAAUUAAAUACAUUAAUUGAUCAUCUUAAUUCAAAUAACAAUCCAUCUCAACAACGAUUAUCUUCAGAUUCGGUGAAUUCAUCUUGUCGAACAUCACUCUUUCCUGAAUUUGUUUGUGAUGAAAUGGAUCAAUUGGAUUGUUCAUAA